UUGUGCGCCCCUAAUCUUCUCCAGGCCCAAACCAAAGUCGAUUCGCCUAGCAGCCAUGCUUGCGCAAAAACGAAUGUUCGACGAGUCGGUCAGCAACAAGGCUUCAAUAUCCCAAGACAAGGUCUUUCUUCCGUUGCUGCCAACUGCAUUCCCUCACCGAUGCGCGUCAAUGUUGGUCAGGCUGGCCUAAGCCUCACCUACUCCCCUUUCUCCAACUCCUCGUCGCCACCAUCCUCUUCCCUAUCCUCCUCCUUUUCAGCCUCUCCGCUAAGCGGGUCUUCCUCUUCGUCGGCCCCCAUCACAUCAACGCCCUCCUCCAUUUCGGGCUCCUUCUCUUCUUCAUCUUCCAGCUCACGCAACUCCCUAUCAACUCGGCCCUCCAGUUCCCGCUCCAAAAACUCUUGCCCUCGAAGGUCCCGUCCAGGUUUACCUUUACACUCAACCUCCUUGUCAGCUUCGUGCCUUUCGUGUCCUUCACUGUCUUGUUCGGCCUAUUCGUCCGUCACCAAACCGACGCGAGUUGCCAAGCUGGCGUCCGGCCAGACCCACGAAAGCCGGAGCCAGUGCGCGCAUGGGAAAACUGCUCAUGCACCCGUUGCCAGGGCCCAUGCCAACGAGCAGAGGGUCUCCGGCUCAAAAUGUGAUAAGACCGUUUCAGUUGCCAAUUCACGUCUGGCCAUGACGACUCAAACUGAGGCGGUAACCAGCAAUCGUUACAUGAGCGGAGGAGGCGUGGGAACCUCGUCUGAGAGCAUCUCUUCGGCGGGAUUCUGUGAGGCGGUGGCAUGCGUCCGACGUCCAGACGGCGGGGAGGACUGCCUCGGAGGCGGGAUGAAGGCCAGCGAAUCCGAGACUGAGACGUCCAGUGAGCCGGUCUCUGAGACCAGUCUGUCGUUGGUGAGUCUGAUGGUGAACCGACAUGUGGCGACGGGGAUGCAUCGCGCCUUUCUGGACACGGGCGGCCGAGGCGGGGCCUCCAAUGGCGACGCAAACCGCAUCCAUUUUGCCGGCCAACAGGGCCAGGCUCCGGCCAGCAUUUGUCGCGAGUGGAUUCGUCAGAUUAUCACCAACGCUCCUGGACCAGCCACUGCCGUCUACCACCUUCUGCUAGCCAAAGUGAGCGCCAUACCGUUCAUGCAGUCGGAAAGUUUUUGCCCAUUUUCGACAUGA